UUAAACAGACGCAGUCGAGAAUGGAACUGUCGCUUGGUAACUGUUUUCCACGGUCUGCUUAGCUGCGUCAUUUCGCUGUGCUGUGCGUUCUACACCGGACCGUGGCCGUUCGACGCCCUGGGGGAGCCGAGCACCCCCUUGCAGACCCUUUGCAUUACCAUAACCCUCGGGUACUUUUUAUUCGAUUUUAUCUGGUGCGUUUUGAUGGGAAGCGAAGGCAUUGACAUUGCUCAUCACGUGACGUCGAUAUGUGGCCUGGCCCUCUCUCUCUAUCUCGAGGAGUCUGGUGCCGAGCUCAUCGCAACCAUAUUUGGCUCGGAGAUCUCAAAUCCCUGCCUGCAGGUCAGGUGGUUCCUCCGGGAAACGGGCAAAUACGACACACCGCUUGAACUUAACGACGUUAUUUUUAUUCUGCUUUUCCUGUGCAUUCGCAUCGGACUGGGGCCUGGUUAUUUAUAAACGAUGGCCUCUUCGAAGACAUCUGGACUUAUGAAACUUGGAGGUGUCGCCCUGUAUUCGCUUAGUCUCGUGUGGAUGGUGUUGAUUUUACGUUUUGCGAGAAAACGAUUUUUUGCCAAGAAAAGAAAACAGAAGUGAUGUUGCUCACUUUUACUAUUAGGAUCCCAUUUCGUACACAUAUAGUCCAGUUUAGGUAGGAAUUAAAAUUUGUCGC